AUGUCUAGCGGUGACGAGCAGGGUUUUGAUGUCCGGUAUCGCGACCCGCCUCCGUUUGGGCGACAAUCAUCCGCCCCGGCAUUUGGCCACUCUGUCAAUGAGCACACUACCACUUCUUUAGGUGGCUCGCCGACCGUCUCUUUCUCCUCUCAGGAACAAUUAUCGACCACGUAUUACCCUCUACCGUCGGGCUUCCUUGGACCCCAUAAUACCGCCACUUCCACCAAUCAUCGGUUGUCGGGCGAUCAAUUGGAUCGUAGAGGGCGGGAGUCUCCAGACCCGGCUGACUAUUAUCGCCAACGUGGGUCCCUGCCAGGAACAUCUAAUGUGACAGAGGGGUUCGGCAAUGUAAGAACGAGCAUGGCUGCGGCCGACUAUCCUGCAGUCGGUGACAAAGUGUCGCCCCUGCCCACAAACAUGUUAGAGUCAUCGCGCACUAGACGUCAACUAUAUCGUUCAACUUCCGAUUCUCCAACAUCAGGAGCUCCUUCUACCAACAUCAUACCGCCGCCAUUGAACGCAAACCCAAGGUCACGACAGCCGUCAUUCAAGGAGCUCGUCAACAAGUUCAAUAAAACCUCUGACCAGGUCCUCCCUUUACCAUCUGUUUCUCAUCCAACUUCAAGGGCACAAAGCCCCUCCGGAAGUGUUGACGGAGAGCGCAAUCGCGUGUUGCCACGGCGUCGUCAAUAUCGUGAUUCUCUACCAGAAUCGACCACCAGCAAUUCUCAGGCGAUAGUUGAUUCGACCCCGUCGUCGCCAGAGAUUGAAAGAUUCGGUCCGCCCCUAGACACAAACGGUGAUAUUCCGCCGCCUCUGUUUCAACGCAUCCCAGGGUCGCAUCCUCGCCGGCCAUUGUUUGGUGAACUGUUGUCGAUCAAUACCCAGGUUAACAACGGAGCCAUAUCGCGUCUGCAACGCCGCGGGUCGGAUGGAAGUAUUGCAAGCCCAAACCCAGCCUUCUUCGAGCAUCCCGAUCAAUAUUUCACAAAAUCACCACUCACCCCUACUGCCUGGUAUCUCGGACACACAACUUCUUUGGAGGCAGUCCACGCCGGGAUAAAUAGCACUGGCAAACAUCGCCGAAUUCAAAGUGACUUGGAUCAAAGAAGAGAGCCCCUUGCAGAGCCGUGGAAUCCUGAAAUGGCGGUACCUGCGCCCUUGCAGCGGACUAAGCCCGGCCGUGUAUCGCCCUCGGGCAGUCCAAAUUCCAAGUCUCGCAUUCCUGUCUCCUCGCACCGUCUUGUCGCUGGUUCCGGUCCCGAAAGCUUAUCACCAUCCUCCAAUCCAACCUUCAGCAGCAGAUCCGCGGCCAUUACCUCGCCGCCCAAGGGCACUAGCCGCCUUCCUAUUCCGUCACCCAAACAAAGUCCUCCCCGCAUGCCGGCAGACGAUCCCGCUUCGUUCGCGACAAAUCCGCGUGGCAAACGGGAUCUAACAAUUGGCCGAACUCGCAAUCAAUUAUCUGAGUCCAGUCGGCGACUACAGGCCUACAUCGCUGAGCCGCUGCCUAAAAAGUCGCCCCCGUUGCGCAGUUCACGACCCCGACAGCCCGUCUCACAUGGUUCCUCGAUCUCCCCACGCCCCAGACUCGGAGAUAGAGUUUUGAAUUUACAAAAACAGGCUAGCUACAGUGACCCGCGGUCUCGUCCUCAACGAAAAUUACCUGAAUUGGGCAAGGUGGAUUUUGACGCUCGUCGCCGACACAUUCAACAGGCAAUCAACCGACACUCAAGCAACCCUGGUAUUCAAGGGAAUCAGAAUGAAAGAGGACCAGACAGAUCCGCUGCCGGAAAGGUUCGACCUCACGCUUUGGCGCGAGAGCAGGAGAUACAUGAAGAUUCCAAGCAAUCGACGGAUGAACCUACAAUUACAUCCAACCUGCCUGUGACCAACGUCCCGUCGUCUGAUGAGAUGGCUACGAUGGUCAAAGAAUUGAACGGCUCGGUUGAAUACAACGAAAAUCAGGUUCAUAUCGUUCCUAGACUGCACCUCAAUACUGCCCUGCCGGCAUCAGAUAUGGCAGCGCCCCAUACUACAAUGGACUCCCCCACUCUUGGUCUCCCACAAGGCGUGAAUUCAACGACUGCAGGCGAAAGACAACCUACCAAUGAUGACACGCCACACUCGGCUGCCACGUCAGACUCCGGCGACACCCAUGUCACUACUUUCGAUCCAGAACCCCAGACUGGGCUGCUCCAACGGGAUCCCGGCAUUUCCCAUGAAACUAUUCUGAAUCAAAUAAUGCAAAUUCGCGAGUGCAGCACGAGUGACGAUUCAUGUGACGAACCUGAUUGCAGUCUUUCAGAGAAUGAUGACAGAGAGUCCAUCCAGAUUAUGCUUGGAGAUACGACCUACUACAAUUCAUCUAGUAGCACUAAUACUCAAGAACCUCAGCGUGCAACUAUGCACCAGGCUCAACAUGAGACUCAUCUUCACAACCGAUGGAGCGUCAGUUCAUGGUCCUCUAUACAAAACCAACAUUCCACUUGUGACGAGCAUUGUGACGAGAGUGGGGAUGAUUCUUUGUUACAAGGACGUGGCACGGAACCACCAACUGAAUCUUGUUCAGCCGUCUCGACGAGGCCAGCUUCAAUAGCAGACGAUGAAUUACUAGCUCCAAUUCAGGAUCACGGUGUAAUGGGACCGAACACACUUCAUGCAUCUGAGCAGUUUCGACCCAAUGCAUUCUCUACCCCACCAAGCUUGGCUAGAUUGGGCAGAUGGGAUUCGAAGCGCGUCACUCAGCUCUAUCUGGAGGAGUUGGCGCGAGGCAGGAGUCACCACCCCGGCUCAUCAAUUCACACCUCGUCCGAGCCUCGAUCUCAUCCUAUGGAUACAGAUAUAAAUGGGCGACCCGACAGUCUGACAGACGAUCCAGUCGUCGUGCCAGAGUUCCAGGAAUUUCAUGCCUCAGAUAGAGAUAGACUCUCACAUACGGCUAGUUUGGUCGGACGUGAUGAUUGGGAGCACGCAUCUCCCUCUAUAAUGGACUGGAUGCAGGUUGCGGCUGAAGAUAAUCCUAUCACCCCCGGGACCGAAACCGAUGGCAUGCGUACUGAAGGGGUGCUCACACCUCGCUUAGUGACUCCGGCAACUAAUGACACUGGCGCGUCGAGUACGAACAGUGGUCUUGGGGUCUCCAUUGAUAUCCAAACUUCCAACGAGCAGAUGCAGCGUCAUGUUAUUUCUCCACCAACACUCAUCCCGCCCUCAACGACACACCCGACCGAUAAUGAACCCCUUGGAGGUCAAAAUACGCUGAAGCCAUCGGGCCAGAUCGGACUUCACCACAGUAUACAGGGUGCUCCUAGAGCCAUGGGACACAGCCCGGGCAGCAGUCAGGACUCUUCUUUCCGAAAUUUGGAGUCUAUUCACUCUUUUGCGGCCGCUGACUCCUCCGCUACUUCACUUGUCCCUUCCACUGAGCAAACUAUUCGGAUUGAGCCACAGAAUUCGCCUUCCCCGGAACAACGACGUCUCAAGAAGCGGCGUCACAUAAUCAAAGAACUUGUUGAUACCGAACACACCUUUGGUCAUGAUAUGAUAAUCAUUGAAGACAUCUACAAGAGCACCUCGCUCACAGUAUUGGAUCCCGAUGAUGUCAAGGUUCUCUUCGGCAAUUCCGAUCAAGUCGCGGCCUUCUCCGACAAGUUUUUGUACGAUCUCAAACAGGCAGCUCAAAGCAUCUACGUCAUGCCAAAGGCUCUGCGAUGGACCAGCAAGCGAAAGCGCAACAAUAAGCCAACCGAAUCCACUACGCCAGAAACCGAUGAAGUAGCCGAGCUUGCAGGCAUGUCGGAGCUCGAAAAGGAUCGCGCCACCUCUAUUGGACAGAUCUUUGCCACUCACAUGCAGCAGAUGGAAAAGGUGUACACUGAUUACCUAAAGAACCAUGAUGCCGCGAAUAAGAAACUUCAGGUCGUGCAGCGUAAUCCGAAAGUGGGCUUUUGGCUGAACGAAUGUCAAAAGGGCGCUAUGGAUCUCACGACCGCCUGGGAUUUGGACUCUUUGCUCGUUAAACCGGUACAAAGAAUCUUGAAGUACCCCCUUAUUCUCCGUGACCUAUUGGAGUCUACGCCCAACGACCACCCGGAUCGAGCGGCAAUUGCCAGUGCCCUGGAAGAAGUCACAAAUGUUUCCCAUCGUAUCAACGAGCUGAAGAAACGGGUAGACCUUGUUGGUCAAGCUGUCGGUCGAAAGCGCAACCAGUCUGAUGUGCGUGCCGGUCUGUCUAAAGCCUUUGGUCGCCGCACAGAGAAGUUCAGACAGCAAGUCGGCCUUUCCGACUUAUUCGAAGAUAAAACAUAUGAUUCACUGGCGCAGAAACUUGGCGACGGCUAUUUCCAGUUGCAGGUAGUCAUGCGUGACGCUGAGAGUUACGCCCGGGAUGUGCAACUCUAUGUGAACCAGUUUAACGAGUAUGCCAAUUCGAUUGAGGAUAUUAUUGGCAUGUCGCCUUCUCCAUACCCACAGUUGGAGAGCAAGUGGCAUCAGUUCAAAAUAACAGUCCAGGAGAUUGUAACCACUGCUCUCCCAGAACAUCUUGCUGUCGUCCGCAAAACAGUCAUCGAUCCCAUGGUUGAAUUACUAGGGCUUUACAAUGCACCCCAGCGAGUCAUGCGGAAGCGCGACAAACGACUCCCAGAAUAUGCACGCUACAAAGCCAUCAAAGACCGUGGUGACAAACCUGAUAAGAAGACCAUUGAGCAGGGCGAGCAAUUCCUGGCUUUGAACGAUACUUUGAAGGAUGAAUUACCCAAGCUCUAUUCGCUAACUGCCAAACUAAUGGGAGCGUGUCUGAAGAACUUUGUCGAAAUUCAAACUGUUUGGUACAGUGUUCUACAAAAAAAGAUCGGGGCUCAUGUGGAAUUGUUCCCUAAUGACCUCGACAAACUCAUCAGCGACUUCAAUGGCGACCACGCCCUAAUGGAAGCACGAAUGUCGGAGCUAAGCUCUUGCAACGGGGCGAUGAUGGCUCAUUCGCUCAAUCUGGUCCCACUUUCGCCCAGCGAGCAGCAAAACCCCAUGUCACCUCGCCGUCCUUCGACAGUGAACAGCUCCAACGCGCGAGCUGGGUCUUUGAACGGCGAUUCACCAAAAAUGUCCCGGGAUUUCAGCGUCGGCAGCCAAUCAUUCCAGUCUCCCCAGAUGGAAAGCCACUCCAGCCGCAGCAGCCGUUACCGGGCUGAUUCCAUUCUAUCUGGCCGAAUCGUCCCAGACACUUCCAACCAACUGCUGCAGCAAGUCACCAACUCCCCCGCUCCUGUGAGGACCAGUGACGUCGAGCCCUUCCCAAGCCUGCCGAGACUCAGCCUAGACACACCUUUCCUGGAGGAUGUGAUCAACAGCUCCUCGCACUCGAGCAAUGCGCCAGCCUCCCCGGCUGAUCGAUACUCGGGAUUCUUCUCGUCUGCUAUGCCCAUGUCGGAUGUGCCAAGUGAGACUAUGGUAGAUGGGCACUUCGAACGCAGCGCCCCUCCCAUUGGCCCUGCGACGUUAUUCUGCGCGGCGAGCGUUUAUGACUUUGAAAUUGACGCUCGCACCGAGGCCGGAUAUCCCUAUCUGACCUACACAUCCGGGGAUAUCUUCGACGUUAUAGGCGAGAAGGGCGAGCUCUGGCUUGCCCGCAACCAGGACGAUGCCAGCAGGAAGGUUGGGUGGAUCUGGAACAAACAUUUUGCCAGAAUUGGCAGCUGA